AUGCUAAAGUUUUUACUCGGCAAGCGAUUCGCUUCCACUGGUUCAUAUCCUGGCUCUACAAGAAUCACUUUACCUAGAAGACCUGCAAAGAAAAUUCGUCUAGGAAAAUCACGACCGGCUAUUUACCACCAAUUCGACGUCAAAAUGGAGUUAAGUGAUGGCAGUGUCAUUAUCCGAAGAUCUCAGUAUCCAAAGAGUGAAAUCAGACUGAUUCAAGAUCAAAGAAACAACCCGCUGUGGAAUCCUAGUAGGGACGAUUUAGUCAUCGUGGAUGCUAAUUCCGGCGGUAGCCUGGACAGAUUCAAAAAGAGGUAUAGUGCAUUGUAUUCCGUCGAUACAACGCCUAUUAACUCUGGCUCUGAAGAAUCUGAGCUACCUAAAGAGAGUAAAGAAGAAGCACAGAUAGAGAAGGAAGAGGGGAAAGAAUUAUCUGAAAAAGCAUUUGGUAUGGAUGACUACUUAUCGCUGUUAGACGAUGGUGAACAACAGAUUAAGUCUGGUAAGUUGGCCAGUAAGAAAAGAGACAAAAAGUAG